AUGCCUAGAUCUCAACCAGGAGAUGUUGCAAUGGGAAGUCUUGACCGCGCUCAUGGGGGUGUUCUGAACGCUGAGAUCAGAGACAUGUUGUCUUCAGGUAGAAGUACGAUUCUCAAAGAGCUUGAGGCCGUUGAUGCUAGUGUGGAGAAGCUUUACCCGAUGAUACAAGAUGGCGUUGAUCCUGUGGAAGUUGAAUCUUUUAAGGACUAUGUAAUGGAGUUGGGAACACAAGAUGAUAAAUUGUCUCAGGGAUUAGAUCAGUUACUAGAAGAAGUUGACAGUUUCUUCAAAAUGACUUUAAGCGGAAGAGAUGUGUUGCUAUGUAAUCUUAGGUCAAGUGACUCAAUCUCUGUGAAAGUGUGCAUCUGUUGA